AUGCAGAUGCGGUUGGUAGUAGUGGCGUUGAUGCUGGCUGGUGGACACGGCGGUGGAGUUACUAAUACUGAUGAAGAAGAUAUUUCGAAAUAUUGGGCGGACGACUUGAAGGUGUCGGGACAUUUAUACGCCAGGACCUCCGACAGAGAUUUGUACGGAGCGACUUUGCCACCAAGCGUAACCUUCGACGUGGCAGCCACAAAGUUAAAGGGUGGAGCGUUAGAUAUAACGGAGCGCUUUAAGCCCAGCGACCUGUCGCAAGCCAGCUCCACAUUCCCUUACAACUAUGGCCAGGUGUAUAAAAAACAAGCAGAAAAAGACGAACAGAGAACUGAUGACCAUUACAGUAAUUCCGAUUUCCGACCCUACGGCCAGGGAGGCGGCCAAGUAUAUUUAAAGCCGUUACAACGCGAUAAACAGAAAGACGAAAUUCCCUCCGGAGGCUUCAAGCCGUACUUCGCAGUCGGGCCCAAUCCUGAGGCAAGCGAUGGUAAUGAAGGUACAAACGAUGUUUUCAGUACUCCCCAAUUUGAAGAAGCCCAUGGUACUACCAGUGGAGAAGUAGCAGAAGAUAGCAGAGUGUACGCGACGAAAGCGAGAAGUAAAGUGAGGCUGCUCAGAGGAAACUCGCUUCAGUCGCGCAUGAAAUGCCGAGCGGGAAUUUGCAGGAAGAAGUUCACGAACAGAGUCUACCCCAGACCGGCAAAGAGGAUAAAAAAGAUCGUGUAUAACUAC